GAGAGAGAGAGAGAGAGAGAUGAGUUGGUUUUGGUUGCAGGCUAUCGUGUCUCCACCUCCUCCAUCUAUCUUCAUCGGAACCAUGUCCGCCGUCGGCUUAGUAUCACUAGCUUAUUGUGGUUACUCCGAGGUAAGUGGUAAACACUUGCAAUACUCCAAAUUCUGGAAUGUAAAUCCACAGAAGAAGAAGUCAAUAGUGAAGGAGAUUACAAUCUCUAGCAGAACCGGCAUGCUUAUCUUGUACACUCCGGCCUUUCUGGCUGGUGUUGCCUCUUUUGCCAUUUUUCCAGAUAAAGAUCUCAGGUUUAUGCUUGUUAGUGCAGCUCUCUCCAUCCAUUUCUUCAAAAGGGUCUUAGAGGUGCUCUUUAUUCACAAAUAUAGUGGAAGGAUGGUUCUUGAUUCUGUCAUCUUGAUCUCCCUCAGCUAUUUCAUCAGCACAGUAAGCAUGAUCUACGCCCAACACUUGACUGAAGGAAUCCCUGAACCAGCACUUGAUCUGAAGUAUGUAGGGGUUGCUCUGUUUUUAGUGGGAAUUAGUGGAAACUUUUACCAUCAUUACCUCCUUUCAAGACUAAGGGAGAAAAGUGAUCAUGGGUAUAAGAUCCCCAAGGGAGGUUUGUUCAACCUGGUGAUUUGUCCACACUAUCUUUUUGAAAUUGUAGGUUUUGUAGGAGUCUCCUUCAUCUCCCAGACUGUGUAUUCGUUUUCAUUCACUAUGGGCACCAUUCUGUACUUGAUUGGAAGGAGUUAUGUUACCAGAAAAUGGUACCUCUCCAAAUUUAAGAAUUUCCCAAAGGAAGUCAAGUGUCUGAUCCCUUUUCUUUUCUGAGUUCAUAAGAUGGAAACAGAAUAUAUGUAAGGUAAUUGAAGAAGUUAUUCUUCAAUACAGACUAU